AUGCUCAGUUUCAAUUUCCUUUAUUCAUACUACAUGCGCCCCUGCCUUCCCCCUCGCCUUCUAUCACCACCCUUUUUUGUCGUCCACAUCACCGACCCCGCGUCCCCCUUCCGCGCCCACCGCAGUGGAUCAACAUGGGGCAGAUCCUGUGCGUGGAGCACAUGGAUCAACACGGGGCAGAUCGCGUGCGUGGAGGACGGCGGGCACAGGCGGCCCAAUCGCCACGCGGAGAUCUCCCGCCGCAUCUUCCGCUGGCUCGAGAAGGAGGGCACCCGGGGCUCUGCGCUCACGUCUGAGGAGAAGGUGGUGAUGCGCAAGAUCCAUCCGCGCCUGCCCGCCUUCUCUGCUGACUUCACGGCGUCAGUGCCCCUCACUCGUAUCCGCGACAUUGCCCACCGCAAUGACAUCCCACACGAUCUCAAGCAAGAGAUCAAGCACACGAUUCAGAACAAGCUGCACCGCAACGCCGGGCCCGAGGAUCUAGUGGCCACGGAGCUGCUGCUGCGCCGGGUGACACGCACCCCGGGGGAGUACAGUGAGGCGUUCGUGCAGCAGCUGAAGCUGUUCUACGCCGAGCUUAAAGACUUCUUUAAUGCGAGCAGUCUGACGGAGCUCCUGGAGAGCAUCCGCCCCUCCCUGGACGACACUGGCGCUGCCAUGCUGCAGAACUUCCUUGCUUGCAAGCAGAACGUCGAUGCGCUGCCGUCUUCGGCAGGGGCAUCAGGCGAGUCAUCACAGGGGGCAGCAGCGUCCGGGCGGCCGACUGACGUGCUGAUGUCAGCGCUGCAUGCGCUGACGGGGCUGCGGGCUGUGCUGAUGUAUUCCCUGGAGAGUGGGCUGAGGAACGAUGCCCCGGAUGAUGCCAUUGCCAUGCGCCAGAAGUGGCGACUGGCGGAGAUCUGUCUCGAGGAGUACUUCUUUGUUCUGCUCAGCAGACCCCUGAACGAGCUGUUUGAUGAGGAGAGGAUGAGAAAGGCGUUCCCCCUCCCCCGCCUCCCCACGCCCCCCUCCCCCGCCUCCCCACGCCCCCCUCCCCCGCCUCCCCACGCCCCCCUCCCCCGCCUCCCCACGCCUCCCCCCCCCGCCUCCCCACGCCCCCCUCCCCCGCCUCUCCCGCCUCCCGACGCCCCUCACCCCGUCAUCCAUUGCUCCUCCCAGCUCUUCGAUGAGGAGGGGGGAGACAGGGCAGCGGAGGGCAUGGCGGGGGAGAUCCGCAUGGGGCAGCUGGGGCACGUGGGGGUGGCGCUGGGGGCGGCCGUCCUGGGGCUGAGGCACCUGGGGCUGUCGGGGUGGAACCAGGCGGAGUGCUUUUGCCUUGAGAACGAGCUCGCGUCCUGGCAGGCUGCUGGCAUCGGCAGCGCAGGUGUGGCAUCGGAGCACGACCUGCGGUGGUGGGCGCUGAGGCUCAAGGCGUCUCUGGACCGCAUGAGGCGACUCACAGAGGCAUUCACAGAGACCACGCUCGAGCUCUUCUUCGAGCCCUCUCAGAAGCUGGGCCACGCACUGGGAAUCGAGGAGAACGCCGUGAGGACGUUUGCAGAGGCGGAGAUCCGAUCCAGUGUGGUGUUUCAGCUGGCGAAGCUCACCUCGCUGCUGCUACGUGUGAUGCGGUCGGUGCUGGGAGCAGAGGGGUGGGACGUGCUUGUUCCCGGCACUGCUGUGGGCAAGCUGGUCGAGGUGGAGCGCAUUGACCCUGACCUCCUCGCAACACUGAAGGGCGAGCAGGGGGUGGUGCUGCUGGUGCAGCGUGCAGAGGGAGACGAGGAGGUUAAAGCAGCAGGAGCGAACCUGAAGGCCGUGGUGCUGCUUCAGGAGCUGCCACAUCUCUCCCACUUGGCCGUCAGGGCCAGACAGGAGGGAGUGCUGCUCAUGACGUGCGAGGAUGAGAACCGAAUCGCCGCCCUUCGCUCCGCUGUUGGCUCUCGAAUCCGUCUUGAGGCAGGAGUGGAAGGCGUGAAGGUCAUCACAGGAGCGGCAGUGGACCAGCGCUCCUCCUCCUCCUCUGCAGAUGCCGCCACCGGUAGCAGCAGUGCAAAGAGCGAGGAUGAAGUGUGGGUGCAGGCGCUGAAACCACAACCUAUCCGAGUGCAGGAGGCACGGCUGCCAGUGCUGCCGCUGCACGAGGCUCAGCUGGCCACAUGUGGCGCCAAGGCGCAUGCGUGCGCCAAGCUAGAGGAGCUCUCAAUCGCCUCCACCUUUGCAGGUGCUGACUUCUCUGUGCCCCGUUCAGCCGUGAUCACCUUUGGAGUAAUGGACGAGGCCAUCACCGCUUCCAACCGCCGCACUCUCAUCCAAUCUCUCGCCCACUUGAACCCCUUCCCCUCCCAUCAGGUGCUGACUUCUCCGUCCCCCGUUCAGCUCUGUGAUCACCUUUGGGGUAAUGGACGAGGCCAUCACCGCUUCCAUUUAUCCCCCUUCCCCGGCGCCACUCCCCCAUUCCCCCUCUGUACCCCAUCACUCACACUUCCAGGUGCUGACUUCUCGGUCCCCCGCUCAGCUGUGAUCACCUUUGGAGUAAUGGAAGAGGCCAUCACCGCUUCCAACCGUCGCACACUCUUCCACCGCCUCGCUGCCACCCUCGACGACCCGAACCUUCAAGGAAGCGUCCUCGACAGCACCUGCGCCCAGAUCCGCACUCUCCUAGAGGAAUCCCCCCUUCCCCCCGCCUUCUUCCGAACCCUCUCGUAUAUCUUCUCCGCAAACGCUCGCCUUAUCGUCCGCUCGAGCGCCAACGUAGAAGAUUUAGCUGGGAUGUCCGGAGCUGGGCUGUACGAUUCCGUACCUGAUGUCACCCUCUCCGAUCCUGCUUCGUUCGGCCGAGCCGUAGCCUCGGUGUGGGCGUCACUGUUCACGCGGCGCGCGGUGCUGAGCCGGCGGGUGGCGGGCGUGCGUCAGAGCGAUGCAGCUAUGGCGGUUCUAGUCCAGGAGUUAAUCUCCCCGCCGGACCUUAGCUUCGUGCUGCAUACCAAGGGAAUCGGCACUGGUGCUGGUGGCGCUCUCGUUGUUCCCAGUCCCCGACUUGCUAACAGCAGCAGCAGCAGCAGCAGCGGCGGCGGCGGCGGCGGCGGCGGCGGCAGUAAUGGGAAAGCCACAGGAUCUGCUGCAUCUGCAUCUGCGAGUGCUGUUGCUCCCGGCUCUCCUGCACCGUCGGAUUUCCUCUCUGCUGAGGUGGCGCCAGGGCUGGGCGAGACCCUGGCGUCUGGUACACGUGGCACCGCAUGGCGCUUCGCUGUCGGGAAAUCCGACGGCUUGGUUCGAAUCCUGGCGUUUGCAAAUUUCAGCGAGAAAAUCGUGAUGGCACCUGCUGCUGCUGCUGCUGGGGGCGGUUCAGGUGGAAGGAAAGCAGGUGCAGAAGGGGGCGGGGUUGUGAUGCAAGCAGUGGAUUACAGUGGUCAGCUGUUGUCUACUUCGCCUGAUGCUCAGGUGGUGCUUGCUAAGAAGCUUGAGGCCGUUGGAUCGUUUCUGGAGGACCGGUUUGGAUCACCUCAGGACAUUGAAGGGUGUGUUGUGGGGGAUAAGAUCUACGUGGCCUCCCAUGUCGUCGCGGUCUCCUCUUCCCCGUCGCUUCGCUCCUCCCCCUCCUCCUGCUGCUGCCACGUGUCCCUCUCCACAACCACACCGACGGCAGCAGUGCGAACGGCAGCAUCACACGUGACACCCGGACGUUUCGCGAAUCCGUCAACUCGUGCCGCCCGAGAAUGCAUCCUCUCCGGCGGACCGAAGCCUAGAAAACUACAGAUAUCAAACGGCAGUCGAAUCCAAUGCAGUUUGACGCCCCCUAUAGUCACGUCCGCUGCGUCGUCCGCUGCAGCGGCAGCCAUGGCAGCUGGGGGUAGCUCCGCUGUGACUAUAGCGAGCAGCUGGUUCACGCUCUGCACGGCUGCCGUCAUCCCUCUUUAUACGCUCAUGAUCUUCGCGCCAGACUGGCACGUGACGGAGAAGAUCAUGGGCAGCUCGCUGCCGAGCAUUCUCCUGGGUUUCGUGUACCUCUACCUGCUCUACAAGUCGUGGACGCCCAACACGCUGCUCUACAUGUUCUCCUCCAAAUACUGGCUGCCCGAGCUAGCAGGCAUCACUCAGAUGUUCGCCAGCACUCUCACUGUUGCCUCUGCCUGGAUUCACCUGCUGGCCGUUGAUCUAUUUGCCGCCAGGCACGUGUAUCUGGACGGCCUAAAACAGAAGCUGGAGACGCGGCACUCGCUCGUGCUCUGCCUCAUGUUCGGACCACUAGGCAUCGCCGCUCAUUCCCUCACCAAAACCAUUGCCCAGAUCUUUCGCCGCUCGAGGAGAGGCCGCAACGCAUCGCGGACUGUACAGGACAUUCCCUCACCUCCAUGA